AUGGGUCGCCGUCCAGCUCGUUGCUAUCGAUACUGCAAGAACAAGCCCUACCCAAAGUCGCGCUACAAUCGUGGUGUUCCCGACCCGAAGAUUAAAAUCUUCGACUUGGGCCGUAAGCGUGCAUCUGUAGACGAUUUCCCAUUCUGCUGUCAUUUGGUCUCCGAUGAAUACGAGCAGCUAUCGUCGGAAGCUCUCGAAGCAGCCCGUAUCUGCGCGAACAAAUAUGUAACUAAGGUUGCAGGGAAGGAUUCUUUCCAUCUUCGCGUGCGGGUACACCCCUUCCACGUCAUCCGAAUCAACAAGAUGUUGUCUUGUGCUGGUGCAGAUAGGCUGCAGACGGGUAUGCGUGGUGCAUGGGGGAAGCCCUAUGGAACCGUUGCGCGUGUGAAUAUUGGGCAGAUCAUCCUUAGCAUCCGAUGCAAGGACUCCAACGCGCAUGUCAUCCAGGAGGCUCUUCGCCGUGCCCGUUACAAGUUUCCUGGUCGCCAGAAGAUCAUUGUUUCGAAGAAGUGGGGAUUCACGAAUGUUGAUCGUGAGAAUUAUCCGAAGUUGAAGGAGGAUAAACUUGUCGUUCAGGAUGGCGCCUAUGUCCAAUUCAUCCGCCCUAAGGGCCCGCUCGAGUCCAACCUCCGUGCACAGCUCAAGGCAUAA